AUCUAUUCACAAUAAUUCAGCCGAUUUGACAUUAGAUUGUUUACUUUAUUUGAGCAGUUGGUUGCUGCUACAUUUUUGUUUUAAAAUAACAAAUAAUUUAAAAUCAAAAUUAUGUCUGCUAAAAGGCCAAAAUGGGUAAAAUCAGUAUUUUCUCAAGAUCUCUCAUCGUCAUCAUCCGAACAGCCAGCAAAGAAAACACGAAGUUCCUCUUUAUCAAGUGAAACUAUGUCAAGCUACUUUAAAAACACUGCAUCGAAGGACUCAUUAUCCUCUACCAUACAUAACAAGCAAAAGCCUACCACUGAAUCACUCGCCAUUCCAUCGCCCAAUUGGAUUGAUAGUUUCGAACCCCAUACCAUCGAUGAUCUAGCAGUUCAUGCUAAAAAGAUUCAAGAAGUCCAGGACUGGAUGCUUCAUUGUGACAUUUUGCGUACCAAAAAGCAACCAGCCCAAAUUUGCCUAAUCACUGGACCAGCAGGUUCUGGUAAGACGGCGACUUUGAAAGUUUUGGCAAAAAUAAUGAAAUGCCAACUUGUCGAAUGGAUAAAUCCAAUUGACUCUGAUAACAUUACACAACUGGGAGAUCAAGAAAACCAAUAUGCCCAAUCUCAAGUGGAGUUAUUUAAGAGUUUUCUAUUUCGAUCGUCACGUUAUAAAUCGGUCCUGGAGAGUUGCGAUAAACGUUUGAUUCUCGUUGAAGAUUUUCCAAACUGUUUCAUUAAAGACACCAGUGGAUUCAAUGAUGUUCUUGAGGACUAUUUAAAAUAUGGGAAAUCUCCUUUGGUGUUUAUUGUCACCGAUUCGAAAAGCAAGAAAUUGAAUAUAAGUUUUAAUCUCUUUUCGGAUACUGUGAAAACGCAAUUCAGAAUUAAUCACAUAAGCUUUAACCCAGUAUCAACUACAUUAAUGAAAAAAGCACUUAAACGAAUUUGUACACUGAUGACAAGUGAAAGCUUUAGAAACUUGUACAAAGUACCCUCUGUAGAUAUGGUCGAUUCAAUUGGUAUGGCUGCACAGGGAGACAUGAGAAAUGCACUCAUAAAUUUACAUUUUGGAUCACUCAAAGGCGCUCCAGUCCUAAAAACGGACACCCUCAAAACAUCUUCUCAAUCGAAGACUCGCAGUAAAACUCAAAAAAAGCUAUCAUCAGUUGGCCGAGAUGAAACAAUUACUUUGAUGCAUGCACUGGGUAGAGUUUUUAAUCCAAAAUAUACCGAUGCCGCUAACCAGUUAUUACACUCACCUGAAGACAUUGCAAGCUCCUUCUCCACCGAGCCAAGGAAUUUCACUAAUUUCGUUCAUACAAAUUUCCUCGGUCAUUUCGCUGACAUUGAAAAUGUCUUACCUGCUAUCGAUGCGCUCAGUGUUUGUGAUAAUAUUCUUUCCGAAUAUAGAGAAGAUACUCUGGGUUUGAUUGGUUUGAACGUCGCAGUUCGUGGCGUUAUGGUUUCCAAUCGAAACCCAGUUACAGGAUGGAUGCCUAUAAGAGGACCAAAACGAAUAGAAAUCGAAAAAACUGCUGAAUUAACUUCAUUAGGCCUAAAUCAAAUUACAUCCUCCCAUCUGCUGGCAUCUGACUAUCGCAGCUAUGUUCGAGUUAUUCUUGAUAAAAAAUAAUAACCAAAGGCCCUAUCAUAAUUUGUAAAGUUUUAUUUAUUUUGCACAUACUUGUAAACAUACUUUCUUGUAUUGAAGUUUUGCUUUAGUUUUUCAUAUUGGGAAUAAAUUCUAAUUUAUGUAACACUUAAAUUUAUAAUAAUCAUUGUUUUAUGGUUCUUUUUAGUAAAAGUUCGAAUAUAUAUAUAAUAUCAUCAUAUAUUUUGUUGUUUUAAUAAUAAAUAUAUAGAUUUACUGAAAGUUAAUUUCAUUGACAUAGUAAUUAAUUAAUAUAAUUUAAACAAUCUUUUUUUAAGCGCGAUAACAUUGAAAUAUGUUUUUUUUUUCUAUUAAAAUAUUUUGGUUUUUCUUUUGUUUUCAUAUUUAUAAAGAAUUUCUAACAUUGCGACUAGAAAAUAACAAAAACUACAAUUAAAUUCGAAGAAGAAAAGAAAAAUUCUUAAACCUAUAACUCCAAAUACAUACACACAUACUCAUAUUUUAUAUUGCAAGAAUUCAAAUUGAAAACAAAAACAAAAGAGAUCGUAAUAAAAUCCCUGAUUGCAAAGUAAGUUUCUUUUUAAAUAAAACAUAUCCUUUGAAUAUUCAUAGGAGAAAACUAACUAACUAAACAAUCAUAAAUGCUUUGUCUUAUCAUUAAAAAAUAUAAAGAAAACAAAACGAUUAACACAAAGUGAUGAAUAAUGCAGUUUUUCUUUUUUUUUUUCAUAAAUGCUUAAAGUAUAGGUAACUGAAAAACGUCCUGAAUUUUGAAAUAAUAGUUUUAAAUGUAAUGUUAUCUUUUUUGGGUUUAUUUAGUGUCUUAUUUAAUAAAUAAAAAAAAGUACAAAAUCA